UGAUCUCAGCCAGAGGAGCUUCACCGUGCUGAGCUACGAGUGGCAGAUCGACUACGACCCGGACGGCCACCACCCCAACCACGUCGAACGCUAUGUGAAGCUCCGCGUCAGCCUCGUCCGCACUCCCUCCCCGGGCGCCGGCGCUGUCACGGCGUCCUUCACCUUCUGCCUGGUGGAUCCCAUUCCCAACCGGGCGCUCAGGCCGAUGGCGGACGUGGCUGCCGUGUGCCCUAGGUUCAGGCAGGGAGACUCCAAGGAGGUCCCGCUCGUGUCGCGGGCCGUGUUGGAGGCGUCGGGCCACCUCGGCCGCGACGGCAACUGCUUCGUGCAGUGCAAGAUCGAGCUCUCCGGCUGCGGCGAAAGAGCCGGCCUCCCUCCCCGAGACCUGGGCCAGGACCUCGGCGACCUCCUGCGCAGCCAGACCGGCGCGGACGUCACCUUCGUCGUCGGCGCCGCGUCCUUCCGCGCGCACAGGCUGCUGCUGACCGCUCGGUCGCCGGUCUUCGCGGCCGAGCUCGCCGGAAGCAUGACGGACGAGACGCAUAGGAUCAAAGACAUGGACGCGGACACCUUCCGGGCCCUGCUCCUCUUCAUCUACACGGACACGCUGCCGCCGCAGCUGGAGCACAUGGACCGCUGGCUGGGGACCUGGAAGGAGGACCAGGAGGCGGUGUCGAUGGCGCGUCGUCUUCUCGACGCCGCCGACCGGUACGGCGUGGAGCGGCUCAAGAUCAUCUGCGAGAAGAAGGCAUGCGUGAGCGUCAGCGUGGGCACGGUCGCGGAGGACCUGGUCCUGGCGUAGCGGCGCGGGUACCGAAAGCUCAA